UCGAUGUGUAUGACUAUUGCUGCGCAUUUGUUGGUUAUCUUUGGAUUCUACGGCAGCUAAUACUUGCUUCAUUUUCUGGACAUUUAGAAUUUGCGUGCUGACUUGUUCUCUUACUUUAUGUUGAUUAUUAUAAUCUUGGAUCGUAUAAUCGUUGCGCAAUGUAUUCUUCUGACGAGGGGAUGGUAGGUCCCAUGCUUCGUGUUUGCACGCGUACUUGGACUCGUGACAGUCACGACUUGUUUGACUAUGAGACUCUAGACUCCAAGCAGCUUGCUGAGACUUACUUUGCUUCAUCUCAUGGUUUUUUACUUUUACGUUCUGAGUUUACGGUUUCUCCUGCUGUGACUCUUUCUACUAGGGAUGACAAAGGUGACAAGGAGCAUGACUACCUUCUUAACGUUGCGCGCAACCACUCUGGUGACUACACUUUACUACCGGCUCAGCGUAUUACUGGUCGUCCUUUGAACCCUCAGCGUUUAUUUUUGGUUGUUCGUUCUUUACCGAACAAGCGUUACGCCUUACAGGAGGAUGAUUUGUUAAAAUUAGGUCGUUACAAUCUUCGUGUACGUCGUAUUGUAACGACAUCCUUGACAGAUUUUGAUUUGACCAAUUUAUUGGACGGUCCUGUUCCGGAGAUCGACUAUGCUGAUGUCUAUGGCACUACUUAUCAGUGCCGUAUAUGUUUAUCUGAGGGUACUGAUGAGGGCCGCUUACUUUGUCUUUGUGAAUGCAAGGGUUCCAUUAAGUAUGUCCACAUAGACUGUAUGCGUCGUUGGAUGCAUUUACGUUCAUUGAAGGACAUGCGGGACACCGACCAGCCUUUGAAGGUAUCUUUGAUAUCCGAUUCGGCGUGUGAGCUUUGCAAGGCUCGUUUACCCAAGUUCAUUCGUGUAAGGGGUGAUUUGAUCCCAUUAGUGGAGAUACCUGACAUGACAGGCCCUUUCAUUAUAUUGGAGGAUAACGUCCCUAGUCCUAACAAGUGUUUGUUUUUCAUUAGUGUCAAUGAACCCGAUUUCGUUCGCAUUGGUCGUGGUCAUGAGGCUUCAGUUCGCAUUUCUGAUGUUUCUAUAUCUCGCAAUCACGCCAACAUUUUGUAUGACAAUGGUACUUUUUACAUUGAGGACCACAAUUCAAAGUUUGGUACAUUGGUUGCAGUUCGUCGUCCAAUUCCAAUCCGAUCCUGUGAGAACAUAGCGUUCCAGGUUGGUCGGAGUUUAAUUGAGUUUUGUGUGGAUCCUACAAUUCAGUACAUAAAGGGUAUUGUUAAGAUUCCUCCUGUUAUUGGACGUUUUAGUUUUUGCAGGGACAUUGCUACUCAUUUGGAUUCUGGCAAGCCUAGUCCUGCCAUGUCGAAUCAUCACAAUGUAGUGGACGACUCCAUGGGUACCAGUGCUGAUGAGCAAUCUCAACGUUCAUUUGUGCAAUAUGAUCAUCAGAAUCCGUUAAGUAUGGAAUUCGGGGAGUCCGUAAGCACCUUUGUUCGUUCGGGGGUGCCAACGAAUUACUCUGACAGUCGCGGAUUAUCCUUAGGUGAUGCAUCUCACGUCAAUGGUUCGUAUUUACCUGGUGAGGUCUACUUUCCUUCUUUCAACGGAUCACACUCGGAGGACAUAACUCCUCAAUCACCUUAUGGUCAUGUUGUGGAUGCUCCAUCUCCCAAUUCUGCUGCUGACGGGAUACUCUCCUUGCGUCUUAUAUUGAACACCCCCGCUUCGAAUCACGACAUGAACACGAGUUCUCGGGAUCACAUAUUGACUAACUUGCGUUACUCCAACCACGUUACUUCAACUAAUCGCAUUAUUCCUCAGCACGACCCGCAAUGUUUUACUCCAAUGACUCGUUCUCUUGGUCUUUUGGAUUCUUCAGUUACUGAGGACAGCGCUAGGCAUGGUUACUACUUGCCUGACAAUGCCUUUAUGAGUGUCGACGUUCCUCGUGACAUUACAGUUCCUGAGAUGGCUACUAAUGGUUUUCAGAGUCGUCGUGUAGCGGCAUCUCCUGUUACGGAGGGUUCUCGUGGCAUGUGGCGUUGUGUCACUGUCAGCCCUGCUUCAUCUAUUCAUACGCCUAAAUAGGUUU